AUACGAAUGAUUUGUAAACAUGGAGGCCAAGUGUUUUAUUAGUGUGAAGUAAUUUCAUCGUUUAGCCUUGUAUUAAUUGUUAUACGAUCAUUUCUGAUGUGAUAACUGUAAUGUAAUGGACAAUUCGCGACUGAAAUGAAGACAAUCAUACUGUUGUAUUUGGAAACAUCUUGACCAACCUUGAAAGAUGGGCACAGAGUUGCCAAAAACACAUGAUUCAAGUGGUGAUUCAGAUUCUAACAGUGAUUCUGAGAACAGCAGCUCUAGUGAUUCAUCAAGAAGUGAGUGGGAGUGUUCCGAUGCCAAGCAGAGUGCAUCCCGCAAGCCACACUUCUCUGUGACUUCCUGUGAUACCGGCUUGAAACUCAAAAUUGCUGCUAUUCCACAAAGAAAGGUAUCACCAAAAAGGUCAGCUAAACCAUCUGUGAAAAAGAAAGUAAACACUAUCAAAAGUCAACAAAGUAAAGAUAGAACACCUGUAAAGAAGAAAUCUCAGCUCUCUGACACAACAUCAAGCUCAGAAUCAUGCAGCAAAUGCUCAUCAGACUCAUCUAGUGAUGAUGAUUUGCCGCUGAAAGCUGUCUCCAAAACAUUACCACCAAAAUGCUCUGUAAAGUCAUCAGCAAAAGUGAAGAGCAACAAGGCAGACACUGAUGAAGGGAGAAAACUGUGUGACAUCAAAGACAAUGGGACAAAAGUAAACAACAAGGACAAACAAAGUGGUUCAAAGACUAAUGUUAAUGUGAAAAAGACUAAAAGUGAUGAUUCUAACCAUGAAACAACUUUGAAGAGAGGCAGAGGCAGGCCCCGGACUAAGUUCACUUCGGGUGCGGCGGAGAGCGCGGCGUGCGGCACCAGCUCCUCCUCCUCCAGUUCAUCAUCCUCAUCGUCCUCAUCGUCAUCAUCAUCAUCGUCGUCGGACUCGGAUACAGCUGAUGCUGCCGGAGGAUCGGCUCACGCGUCUGCCGAUGACUCAAAUGUUGCAUUGGCGGCAGCCUGCCAGUUACAGGUCAUCGACGAUGCAGACCUUGCGGAACUAUUUCCAGAACAAACAUCGAGCGCGCCGGCGCAACAGCCCAAUUUCUCGACCUUUACCGUGCAUAGCGCCGCGACAGACAACGACGAUAAGUCCAUUGCAGAUAACGGUGAUGGAUCCAGUAGUGAAAUGGAACUUACGCCUCAAUUGGUGACGGCUGCGAUUCAAAGGGCCACAGCUGAUUCAUCGGGAUCUGAAAACGAGUGUUCGAACUCAGGUGUCGGUCAUCAAAAUACCACGCACUAUGCGUCCAGCCUGCUUCAGCAAUUCGUGGCUCAAACACAAUUACUCAGCAGCUCUGCGCCAAUAGCUUCCAUUAAUCCGUCUGGGGCAUCUUCGUUGACUUGCGGAUUAAGUUCCGGGUCAAUAGACGGAGUGGGCACUAUAAGUGACUGUGUACUCGGACAGAUAAACACUUUGCCUGAAAUAGCACCGAUAGCUCCAAAUUUUUUAACGCCCAGUCAACAUCUUAGUCCACAACAAACGGAAGAACUUACACAAAUCAACAAAGAUCUUGAAGAAAUAUCGUCUGUAACUGAUGUUGGCAUAUCAAUACCUAAUCCGCCUAGUCUUGAUGAUUGUGUCGAUAAUAAUGACUUCAUGACUCUGGACAUUACCCAGGGAGGCUCAGAGCUUGGAAGUGCCAGUGAUUUGUUAAAAAGUUCUCCAGUAACCGUAGUUAGUACUGAUUUAAAUCAUUUAACUCAAAUUGAUUCUCAAAAGUUAGAUACAAUCAGCACGAAUUCAGUAGAAUCUCAAGAAGAUGUAAAAAAUGUUAUUGUCGAAUCUAGAAGAAAAAGAGGGCGGCCUCGCAAGGUGCGAAAAGCUGACGAAUUUGACAAUAAAAGUACAGAAUCUCAAAAAGAAGAAAAAUCCGUUAAUAUCAUGAAUUUUCAUAACAAUAAUGACCCUCCGAAUGUUUCACCAGAUUCCGGAAUUUUGUCAAACCACAAUUCACCGACGCAUUCACCACUCCGACGACAUGAUGUAGAAGAGAGUCACAGUAGAUUAGGCCGAAAGUCGAUACAAAAGGAAAAUACUACGAGAAGGGCAAUGCGAUCCAAAUCCAAAAGCAGAAGCCGGGCUCAGAACCGAUCCGACUCGAGUGAUUGUGAUUACACCAAGAAAAGAUUAGAAAAUGAAAUAAAGCAAAUAAAAACAGAAGCUCCGUCGCCAGUCCCGCUAAAACAAGAGCAAAGUAAGUUCGAAAAGAAUAAGCGAAACGACCACAAAUUAGAUAUCGCAGCAUUGGACAGAAUGCUGUACGCUACUGAUAGGGUCCUAUAUCCGCCUAGGAAGAAAGUAGGUCGUAAGCCACAGAAUAAAACGAAAUCGACUAAGAAUGCUCCUAAAACUUUGAAGGAUAAAAACCAAUAUGAAUCAGGUGAUAGUGACGAUGACUCUGUUUCUAAUAACAGGUCUGUGCUGUCGGGGGUGUACGCAAAACGUAAAGAAUUAAAUAGUAAACUGGCUAGUUUACCUAAAAAGAAUAAUAAAACCUUCGGUAACGCUUGGAGAGAUAACCAAAGCGAAAAUGAAGCAGCUGCUGAUGAUCCAUUGGACCCGACUUGGAAACAGAUUGACCUAAAUCCUAAAUACAAAGAUAUUUUAUCUGGUUAUAAAAGUGACCAUGAAUUUAAGCCGUAUAAAAGCUGCAGCCGCAUAAUCGAGUCUGGCUACAAAAGUGAUUAUGGGUGUCGGUCUGGAUAUAAAAGUGAUUACUUUCGUUCAGGCUAUAAAAGUGACCAUAAGUCAGGGUAUAAAAGUGAUAAGUCUGGAUAUAAAACAGACAACAGUGUUAGAAGUAUGCGGAGGCGUAUGAGGAAACUCAAAAAGACUAGGUCAGUCAGAGAUAGAUCAUAUUAUAAGAAUCAGAAACACUUUGUUUCCGACCAAGAGAUACUGUUAUUGACAAAUAAAACAUUCAGUACACUGACCUUAGGUCACAGUUCAAGCGAUUCUGAGUGCGACAGCUAUUUGCGGAAACCUAGUGCAAGUCCUAAAUAUGUCAGUGUUUGCACAAAAUAUCCUAUACCGUCGAAGUCCUACGACUUCGGAUUUUCUAAAAUGAGUCAAAAGCACGUGUUGAGGUUAAAUUCAUCUGACCCGUUUGCCCCAGGGCCAGUAUUUAGUGGAUUGCAACGUCCUGUAACAACUUGUAACAUAUUCAAAGUGAGCAAUAACAACAACAAUAAUACUUUACUGAAGUCUCCUAGUAAAGCUAAUAAUGUGGGAAAUCCUCUGCCGGCACUCAAGCCCGCGUUCACGCACAAGUUCGGGUCGUCACCAAUUUGUAUAGCAGCUAAAGCACCAGGGACUAAGAAAGAAAAUGACAGCAGCUUUAAAUAUUUUUCAAGAACUCUUUCACCGAAGUACCGAAAACAGAUAAAAAACGGAAGUACAUCAUACUCAAGUGGAACGAAGAAGGAGACUACCACUAAACCGAUUCCCAAUGUUUUUGAAAAAGCAAAAAACAGUUAUGUCCCUAAUAAAUCGUUAUCAAGAAACGUCUUUUUAAAUUUCAAGAAACCACUUAUGAAGCCCUCGUUUCCAAUUCAAAAACACAGAAGAACUGUUGUUCUAGCACCACCUAAAAUAAAUUUGAAACCGACGGAACGAUUGUCGAGGGUAACUGUGAAAACUGAAAGCAAACACCACAGACAUCGAAGCAAAAGGCGACAUAGAUCUCGAUCUGUUUCAAAGUGUAGAGAGUCCUACACAAAAGCUAUAGAACUAGUAGAUCAAAAAUUCACUCAGGACAUGGACAACUUGAUAUCGAAUUUUAUCAAGUUGUGUCAAAUAGCACCAAAAUUGAUAACUAACGUUGCUCAAAACUCUCCAAAAAAUGUAGAAAAAUCGUCAACGGAGUCGGUCCCUAAAGUAGUUAAAAGAGGAUCUAAGAAACGUAAAACUUCAGAUAAUCCGGAAAUAGCAACGCCUACGUCUAAACGACGGCAUAAGAAGCAAUUGGCAGAAUCUCAGAGUAAAGGUGGAAAAGAUACUAAUGAACAUAAAUUGCCUUUGAAGAAGCGACAUUAUCACAUCAACUCGUCUACUGGGAACUCAUUGAGCUUGAGUUUAGUAUCAGCAGAGUUUGACGAGAACUCAAAAAAUGGCACGAGUCCAGAGAAAUUCUUGUGCACUGAGACUGGUUGUACGGGAGAGGUCCAAAGUACCACCCCCGAAGAUCCGCCAAAACCCAAAAUUUUGUCUGAGAAGGUGAAAAAGAAUGACAACUCUAAAACUCAGGCGCAGGUGACUACCGGAGCACAAGAGACUAAAAAUCCAAAUGCUGAAAUUCCAAAAAAUGCGAAACUUAAUGGCACCGUUGGCGAAGAUGAAAUCAAAGGGACUGACACAACAGACACGCCUGUAAAAAGCAAUCCUCUUAAUCCUCCUACUGCGACCGAUGCCGAUCUAAGUAUAAAGAAACCGACGGCUGAACAAUCCGAGCUUUCAAAAAAAAUUUAUGAAACUUCAGAGAAAUUAAAGGCUGUUCAUAAAAUGGUCCAUGAUUUGGAAAAGUCUCUACCAAAAUCCAAAGAAAAUGAAGUGAAGUCUGAAUCAAAUAAACCAGAAUCAAAUAAAGUCUCUUCACCACGAUCAGAGAAUAAAUCAUCGCCUACGAGGCAUUCUGCACCCAUUGUGACACCAAAAAAGCGGCAUAGACUAGAAGCUGAGAAAGUUAUAUCGCACUCAAGCUUAGACCAAGUCGUACAAUCACUGUCCAAAAAGUUAUCUGAUGAUAAAUCAGUUGCACCCUCAAGUCCAAAAGAAAUGAAGGAUGUUAAUCAGAAUAGUUCGAAGGAAGAUUCCAAGGAACAGGACAAGGAUGACGGGUCUAUGUCUUCCAGCACUACAUCACCUGUAAAUAACACAACUAUCGACCCAUUGAAAAGUAUGUCUGCUCGGUCUUUAUACAAAAGUUCUAUUCCACCGGCGCAAAAGUCUGAAAUUAUGACCCGAAAGAAAAAUAGACUUGAGGGCUUAACGAGUAAUUUAGUUUCAAAAAUAAAUCCAAGUGCAGCUACUAAAGUUUUAGAUACUCUGUUAAACAAUAAUAUACGUAAGUCUAUAGAAUCUCGUAUUUUAGAAAAAGAAAAACACGGUUCUGAUUCUUCUACUAAAACAGGCGAAGAAAAGAAUAAAAACAAAGAAUCUUCACAAAUUAACACAAGGGCUACAGUCAUCAAAUCUCCAGUGUCAAAAGGAAAAGUUAUAGACACCAAGAAAACAAAAGUAUCUGAUUGUUCCACAGAGCAAACAAUUGUUGUCAAUAUUGAUAAACCUACUGGAAUAUUUGAACCCUCUAUUGAUUUAGAAGAUCAAAUUCCUAAAUCAUCAAUCUGUGUAAGCAAUGUUUUAGCUGAAGCGAAUCGUGCUAAGUCUAAAGCGAAACACAAUGAUGUUAAAACAACUAAUUCAUUACUUGCUCCGAUCGAUACUGAGUCUGAGAUACCGUUGGCGUUAAUAUCAGAGACACCCGAUCCUGUCAUAAGGCCAAAACGUGGGGAAUCUAUCGCCGCUGUAAUAUCCGAUAAACUUCAAGAGACCGGUGGGCACAACUUACGACAACCUAAAAGAAACUUUAACAACGAUACCGAUGACUCAAGUGACAGCAAGAAAAAGAAGAAAACCAACAAUAUUAUCAGAGAAAGCAAGUUGGUCUUGCCAACGAGAGUGUUAGUUCCAAAGAUUCAGGCAGAACGGCUAUCUAUUACAGAUGUAACUAAGAAAAUAUGCUUAAGCGCCAAGAAGGCUGAAGCGAAUGAUUCCAGUGAUAAUAAAGCCGUUGACCCGAUAAAGAAGAAAACGAGGAGGCGGAAAGCUAUCAACAGGACUGGUUUCCCCAGUAUUAAACGAAAGAAGAAGAAAAUUGACAGUAGCAUCAACGUAACUUCAGACAGCCAUUUUACUUCCGAUACUGAUAACAAUUCGGCAUUUGAAAGAGUCCCGAAGGAUGGGGAGGCGAUGAGCAGUUUCUUAGAGCGCACUAACACGAAGAAACCUGAACUGAAAGUGGUUUUAAAUAAAGAUGAAUGUCCAAAACAAGGCCGCUUGACUGUCGUUGCACUUGAAAAGUUGCAAGGAAAAGAUAUUCCUAGUGAGAACAAUAACAAAAUUAGUAGCGACUCUGAUAAAACCGUAAAUGCGAAAAAGGCUUCAAAUUCCUCUAUUCUGAGAGCACCUGCGCUGCAACUGAAGAGUAAAGCUGAGAAGGAGGUUAAAAAUCAUGUAAAUAAGUGGGAAGUGCUAAGCGAAUCUGACAGUAUACCAUCACUAGCAAGCUCUCUCAGCAAUGACCCGGAGGAUAGUAUUCCAUUAAGUCUUUUGAACUUGAAAUCUGAUAGACCUGUUAGUCGCUUGGAUAACCUUGAGCGAUUGAAACGUAAGACUAGAGCUAUGUCGCCGUCUCAUGAAAUUGAAGAAAUAUUCUCUAAAAGAAAAGUAGUGGAAAAGAAAUGCAAGAUUGGUUUGAGGCCAAAAUCUAGUCUUGCCGUUCUAUGCCCCAGUGAGAGAAGGCUUACAAGGAGCUCUGAUAAUACGACUGAAGAACCCAAAAGCAAGACUAAGAAAUCAGAACCUAAGAAAAUAAUUGAAACUACUGAGAAAGUUACUACUAAGCCGGUCGCAAUAGCUCAAAGAAGGAAAUCGAGGUCUUGCCAAGUUCACAAGAAGAGAGAAGUUCAAUCUAGUUCACGAGAAAGUUCGCUAGACACUGUAGUUAGUCGUAAAUUUGACUCUAAAUCUCGGGAACCAUCACUUGAUACUCUUGAAAAUGAUCCUCUGCCACUAAACGAGAAAGAAAUUGAUUUUGAAAAAAGUAUUGAUGUUCUCUCUAAGAGCAUAAUUUGUAAGAAGCGUGUAGCAUCGUCUAGAGACGACAGUCCUGCAAGCAGCGUGGACAACAGAGAUAAACCUGUAAUAUCUAAGAGGAACCCGCGGCUUCGAAAGAAGUUCUUAGUCGCUGGACUAUUCUCUGACUAUUACAAAGAAGAUCCUAAACCAGAAGGAAAAGGCAAGAAUGUUGUAACUCAAACGGAAUUCCCGCCGGGACUACUAGCGCCACCACCGUACUGUGAGCGUUGGGUGCGACGGAGACUGCAACACUUCUCAUUGCCUUAUGAUAUUUGGUGGCAACAACAUUAUAAUCAACCUGUACCAUCAUGGAACUACAAAAAGAUUCGCACAAACGUUUACUACGACGUAAAACCAUCAGCUGAAGAAUGUGAAAGUGUCGCCUGCAAUUGUGCCCCAUCGUCCGGAUGUAACGAAGACUGUAUUAAUAGAUUAGUAUUUUCAGAAUGUUCGCCCCAGUUAUGUCCUUGUGGCGAUAGGUGUAAGAAUCAACGCAUCCAGAGGCAUGAAUGGGCGUCGGGGCUAGAGAAGUUCAUGACUGAGAAUAAAGGGUGGGGCGUGCGCACCAAACACAGGAUCACAUCUGGAGAUUUUAUCCUGGAAUAUGUUGGCGAAGUCGUGUCGGAUAAGGAGUUCAAGGAGCGCAUGGCAACUCGUUACGCUCGCGACACCCACCACUACUGCCUGCAUCUGGACGGCGGACUCGUCAUCGACGGACACCGCAUGGGCGGUGAUGGACGCUUCGUCAACCACUCCUGCAGACCCAACUGUGAGAUGCAGAAGUGGACUUCUAAUGGCACUUUCAGAAUGGCGCUUUUUGCUCUUCGAGAUAUUGAUCCCGGUGAAGAGCUCACUUAUGAUUACAACUUUUCAUUGUUUAAUCCUGCUGUUGGACAGCCUUGCAAAUGUGAUUCUGAAGAUUGUCGCGGAGUAAUCGGCGGUAAAUCGCAAAGAAUCACCAAACAACCAGUGAAAACGCAAUCGCGAACACCUUCAAAUGCAUCGAAUCAAUCACAAAGCUCAAACGGGCACCAGCCGCGGGUCGGCCGACCUAGGAAGGCCGUUAAAUGCAACAAGAAAUCUGAACAGCAGGCUGUCAGUACGUGCGAUAUCAAGACUAUGACGAUACUCAAGUACCAGCAACACUUGAAUAAGCUGUGGCAGGAGCCUCAGAUGAAGCCUCUCACGGCUAAGGAGAAGAACAUCGUUAGGGACCGACAUUGUUUCCUGCUGAGGAACUUAGAGAAUGUGCGUCGUAUACGUGAGCGGCUCGCCCUGGCCAUCCCGUCGUCCCCGCCGCCGGCUGCGGGCGCGAGUGCCAGCGCGGGGCCCGACAGCGCGGCGGGCGGCGCGGCGGCCGGCGCGCUGUGCACUGUGGACCCGCUGGCGCCGGCCAGCGGCGUGGACGAGGCGGGCGCGCUGGCGCGGCUGCGGGCGCUGCGGGACGCCGCGCGCGCGCCCCGGCCCAAGGACGACCCCGCACUGCCGCGCGCGCAGCGACUCAACAAUGUGCUCAGAGCCAUCUGCCGCGCGCUCAACGAUGUCAAGGACGAGAAAGACCGUCCCGUAUGCAGCCAGCUGGUUCGCGGUAAGAACGAGCGCGGCAAGGGCGAGGCGGGCGCGGCCGACGUGGCCGACAUCGAGGCGGGCGUGGCGGCCGACACGUACACCACGCUGGCGCAGUUCGACGCCGACGUCACCGGUCUCAUCGCUGCCGUCAUCAAGGAGAACGGACGCUUCUCCACGCUCGGCGCUGCCGCUGCGCAGAUUAAGAAGGCUUAUAACACAGCCAAGGCGGAGUACGCGGACAUGUUAACUAAAAUACUCGGACCUGACGAGCCUUUGCCGGCUGGCUUCUUGCAAAAGACUAAGACUGAGGAGGUGAUAAUGUGCAUCUGCGGGCUGCACGUGGAGGAGGGCCUCAUGGUGCAGUGCGGCGGCGCGGGCUGCGGCGUGUGGCAGCACGCCAGGUGUAUGCGUGUGGCCGACACGCGCGCGCCGCACUACUGCCAUCACUGCCGCCCGCACAAGGUGGACCGCGAGAUCCCGCUGGACGAGUACACGGAGGAGGGCCACCAGUUCUACCUGUCGCUGAUGCGCGGCGGGCUGCAGGUGCGGCAGGGCGACACCGUGUACGUGCUGCGCGACAUCCCCGUGGACGCCGCGCGCCCCGACGUCAGCGGCGCCGCGCGCAGGCACGAGCGCAAGAAGCGCGAGCCCGGCGCCAAGGCCGACGCCAAGCCCGACGCGCACACCAAGGAGGUCGAAGUUCGCAAACACACUUAUCAAACGAUUGGAGAGAUUCCUGUGUCAGAACUAGAUAUAUUCCGCGUAGAACGAUUGUGGAAACAUAAGGACACGCAAGAGAGAUACGUUUACGGUCAUCAUUAUCUGAGACCACACGAAACUUUCCAUGAACCCACUAGGAAGUUCUUCCACAACGAGGUGAUGCGAGUGCCUCUAUACGAAGCAGUACCAAUAGAACUUGUUAUGUCGCAGUGUUGGGUUAUGGACCUCAAUACCUACUGCAAGGGCCGGCCGGUGGGCGCGGCGGAGGCGCACGUGUACAUCUGCGAGCUGCGCGUGGACCGCGGCGCGCGCCUGUUCACCAAGGUGUCGCGCCCCAAGUACCCCAUCUGCACCCGCCCCUACGCCUUCGACCACUUCCCGCACCGCCUCAAGAUCACGCGCACCUAUGCGCCCCAUGAGGUUUCCCCGGAAUAUUUAAAAGGAAAGGCUGCGAAAACUGCUGUAGCCGUUAGCGACAAGAAUAAAAGCACAUCAAAAGAAGUAAAGCGGAAGCUACCAGCUAUUGCGCUUGGAGAUUCUUCUAAGGGCACGGCGGCGCAGAAGGAGCGCGUGAACGUGAUCGCGCGGCGGCUGCUGGCGCGCGGCGGCCCCCGCGCGGCGCUGGACGCGUCCUACCUGCUGGCCGGCCGCCGCAAGCGCCGCGCGCUCUCCUGACAGCCCGCCAAGCGCUGUCUGUGCGGGGCCGAGCGAGGACACGGACACACCUAGGGCUCAACAAUAGAUCUAUUUUUUCAUAAGACGAUGCGAGCGUUGUUGUAGUUAUUUAUACGAGUAUGGUACGGGAUAAAUUGUAGGAUAAUAUAAUUAUUAUUUAACGACCACUGGUGCGAACUGAUGUUGAACGUUGAAGAGUUUUAAUAGAGGUUAGAUACAGAGAUGUUGUUUGGGAGGUUGUUAAUUUAAUAUUAGUGAUUAAUUAUUAUUAUUCCUUUUUUAAUCAUCUUCCGCUAGGGUAAGAGUUAGGGGAAGUAGAUUAUGUUUCAAACGUCUGGUCAUUUAUAUACGUGCUCGCAGCGAACGGGCGGGAUGCACUCUCAUGCCUUACGUCACGCACUAAAAUCUCUCUAAUUAUUUUUUUUACACUUUGGUUAAAAUAAGUUGUACAUAUAGUAGCGUUUAGGGUGGUUGGUUGUUUUAUGUUUAAAUCAAGAUGAUAAUAUAUUGCUUACUAUACGGACCUUAUGUUAGUCCGCUAUGAAGAGUCUCUGCUUGUUUAUCUGACCCGCAUCGCGCGGACGUCUCUCAUACUAGCCUUGAAAUUGUGAUCACAGAGAACAAAGUUGUUUUUGUUUCUAAUUUAUUUGUAAAUUAACUGUUAGUUUUUAUACUUUUCUUAGGUAUUUUAACAUUUCAAUGAUUUUUUUGUAUCAUUAAGUGUAACCGUUUAUAGUAUUUGCUUUUAUUAUGAUUUACUCAUAUUAUUAGUUGUAGCAUCGUAUGUUGAGGUCAUUUGGUCCCAAAAUCUAGUACAAAUCCAUCAUAAUCAUGCCUACUUAAUGUAUUUAAUUGUUCCAUGUUAAACAACAAGAGAAGCGAUUUACAUUAAUUAUAAACCGACAGUGGUAUAAUGACCGAAAGUUACAGUUAUUGUUAAUAAGGCUCGAAAUAGAGUGCACAUUAGACAAUUUUUAGAUAGAAACAUUGACAGUAAAUAAUAAAGCCAGAUACUUAAAGUAUUUAUAUUUAUAAUGAAUUUGUUUCUUGCUUGUAUUUGCACCUAUAUCUAAUGAUGUCUUUGCCUUGUAGUUAAGUAUCGAUCAGUCUACCGUGUACCACAGAUACAUAUUCCCGUUAAACUUAAUCCAUGGAUUUAUCUAUAGUGAAAGUUAGUUAUUUCAAGGAAAUUUUCAAAUAUGUACUUAAUUAGUGAAUGAAAUAGUUUUCAAUAGUCAAUAAUAGUUUAGAAAUAAGGUUUACAUUUACAUUGCCUAUUUAUGUUACAAUUAUGUCACCUAUACUAGUUUGUUAUAUGAUUAGUUUAUAUUCAACAAAGCCCUGAGCCAACUUCAAUUAUAAAAUGUAUUUUGGGAUCAAAAUUAUUAAAAUAUCCUUAAUCAAUUGACGUCAAAAUUUAUUGUUCCUCUUAUUCAGGUGUGAAUAGUUUGAUUUUUGAGAAUAUAUUAUACAAGAUGCAUUAGAAGUAUCGUUAAAAUGUUAUAUUCUUUCGUGUACCAACUUAUCACUGUAGACGUGACUAUUGUCGCAAGUAUUUUCGGUUUCAGUAAUUAUAUAUCCAAACGUUAUUUUCUAAUGAAUUCAAACUAUUUACACAAAUUAGGGAUAUUUGAAGUGUUAUAAUGAAUUACUUAUUUGAUAUAACGAGCAGCUUUACUAUUUAUGUUUUAAGAUGCCAUUUGUUGUAACUCAUGUUUUAAUAAUAAAUUAAAUUGGAUCAAA